UCGGGGGCAGCUCAGGCAAGUGGCUGGAAGCUUGAUGAAACACGCACACAUGCAGUCUGGCACCGGUAACACGCUGGAAUGACCUUCUGAUUGCUCAUGCUUUUUUGACUUCCUGGUUAGAAUCUGCAGAACCAUAAAGGGAUUGUUUAAAAGUGGAUUUAUUUGGGGAACAUUUCUAAGAUUGAGCAGAACCUUUUAAAAGCUGUCAAGUUUAUUGAAAAUGUUGCACGUUGACCUGCUCCUGUUAUGCGUCUGUCUCGGUGUGGGAACGGGACCCCGGGAAAGUUCGGCCAGCAUCGUGAGGAGACAGUAUCAGAUCCAAAAUGGGCCGUGCAGCUACACCUUUCUGCUGCCUGAACAGGAGAACUGCCAAACCUCGAGCAGCGGCUACAAUUAUCCAGUUCAAAAGGACGGGCCCACAGACAAUGACCAGUCAGUUCAGAGGCUGGAACAGCUGGAGAUGGUCAUGGAGAACAACACACAGUGGCUUCUCAAGCUACAGAACUACAUCCAGGACAGCAUGAAGCAGGACAUGGUCCAGAUCCAACAGAGUGCAGUACAAAAUCACACGGCUACAAUGAUUGAAAUAGGAACAAACCUGCUCAGUCAAACUGCAGAGCAAACCAAAAAACUCACCAACGUUGAGGCACAGGUUAUAAAUCACACAACACGACUUGAGCGACAACUCCUUGAGAAUUCUUUGUCGACCAGUAAAUUGGAGAAACAACUAAUUGUCCAAAUGAAUGAAAUAAACAAGCUGAGUGACAAAAACAGUUUGCUGGAAAAGAAAGUAAAAGAGUUGGAGGAGCAGAAACAGGGAGAGCAGAAGAUGCUUCGAGAAGAAAAGGAGCAGCUUCAGACGUUAACACAAAGGCAGACAGCCAUUAUUGGGGAACUGGAGCAACAGUUGCUCAGAGUGUCAUCCAACAACAGUGUAUUGCAUCAUCAGCAACAGGAGCUCCUGGAGACCGUCAACCACCUAAUUCACACAUUCUCUACUGGCACAGCCCGAGAGAUAAAAACCACCAUGAUGCAGGAUACACCUGCCACAUUCAUGGACUGCGCUGCUGUCUUCAAAUCAGGAAAUACCAAGAGUGGGGUCUAUACUCUGACUUUACCCAAUACUACACUGGAGGUUAAGGCUUUCUGUGACAUGGAGAUGGAAGGCGGUGGUUGGACAAUACUACAAAAACGCUUUGAUGGCAGUGUUGACUUUCACCGUACGUGGCAAGAGUAUAAAAAGGGUUUUGGAUCUCCUUCAGGUGAAUUUUGGUUAGGAAAUGAAUUUAUCUCCAAGCUUACAAGUCAGCAAUCCUAUAUCCUAAGGAUCCAAUUGAGUGACUGGGAAGAGAACUCUGCGUUCUCCCAAUAUGACCAAUUUUCUCUUGAUGGUGAAGGACAAAACUAUAGGAUACAGCUUAAAGGCUACAGUGGAACAGCAGGCAAAAUAAGCAGCAUUGGGCAGCCAGGAAGUGAGUUCACUACAAAGGACGCAGACAAUGACAAAUGUGUUUGCAAAUGCUCGCAGCUGACAACAGGGGGUUGGUGGUUUGAUGCUUGCGGCCCGUCCAAUUUAAACGGCAUGUACUACCAGAAGGGCCUAAACUCCAAUCGCUUCAAUGGCAUCAAAUGGUACUACUGGAAGGGCUCAGGAUACUCACUCAAGACCACAACAAUGAUGAUCAGACCAGCAGACUUCUAGGUCUCACUAAGUGUCACUCACACACUAAACAAGAUUGGGAAGAAAACACAGACAAACUUGCACCACCAAAGGCCAAACAAAGCUUUGGAGUACAAAGCGGCGCAGGGCAUUCCUGAAAAGACGAAUGGGGAAAGCAAUUGGUGCAUUUAGAUAUUAAAAGAUCUGAACCAAAAUAUACCAUCACAUUUUUUUUUAAAAGGAAUGUAUUAAAAAGGUUUCAUCAUUAGAAAUGUGUACAAUGAGCUAACAAUGCAAAUACAGUGGAAUCUUCCGUUUUUAGAACUCAAACAGAAAUGUACUCUAACCGAAUACAUUUUCCCUUAAAGGCAAAUCCAGUUAAUCCGUUCCAGACAUCCCAAAAAUGUUUUUUUAAAUGAUAGUUUCUAAUUUUACUGCAGAAAACGAUGAAAAAUCCUGGCGUCCAUUUUCAACAUAAACUAAAAAAACAAACUAACCAGGGCGCACACUAACCAAGGUAUAAAUGUUAAGUGUUUCGUUGUUAGUGACACACCCCCACCCCGCCCCCAAAUGAGGUUAUGGUACAACAUGGUGGUAAAACAAUUGGCUCUUCCUAUUUAUUAACAGUUUCUGCAUAGGUUUGUGUGGUUAAUGAGAAAUGAUGCUUGCAUUUUCAAUGAAGAUAACAUUUAUUGUGAAGAAUGUAUCACUACUGUACUGUACAUGGCGGGAGUUUUUUUUAUUUAUGUGUGGAAUAUGAUUUUUAUUUGUUGUGUCACAUCAUCACAUCACUUGAAUGUGUGCUGCUUGAUAGCUACCAUUUAUAUUGCACAUAUGCAGUGGACAGCUUUGUUUUUUUAAAGGUUGAUUUAAAUCAAAACCUUUUUUUUCAAAUGUACAAAGAUUAGUCUUAUUGUGUGGCCUUAAAGGUAACUUAUUACAUGUGGCAUUUCAGUUAUUAUACCUUCAGCUUCAUGGGGAUGUGGCUAUACAGUCCAUCCCCACACACAGAUUAUGCGUAUUACCACAUCAUAUAUGGACUUUUUGAUGCUGGUGGAGGAUUGGGCAAGGGUGCAUACAUUAAUUAUCACUUAAUGGAAAAAAAGCUCUAAGCAAACAGCUUUCAUUAUCAGACAUUUUGGGACCUUUUACAGUCUGUUCAUUAGUUUUUUAAUAAGCCCUGGCGUAUUCUAAGAACAAAGUGAAUGCAUUGCUAAUGAAGAUAUUAAUAGACAUUACACUAAUUUGCGUUGUCACCUAUAACACAAAGCUAAGCUGUGGAUGUUUUGCUCAGAUACUGUAGCUGAGCAUAUACUGAUUGGUUUUAGCAUCUGUAGUGUAGAAAAUGUGUUAAAGUGGCCUCUGCAUCCUCCAGUUUCUGUAUGCAAUACAACUUGCUUUUAUAAUGCACUGCAGGAACAUUAACUAAGGAUUUUUAAAUCAGAUUAAUCCCUAUUUUCCAAUUAAUGAAUCAUGAUUAUUCACCAUUUGCAAAUCUGUCCAUAUAAUAUGCCAAUUUUUAGACUGUGAUUCUCUCGCUCUCUCUUUGUGGACAUUACACCGUGCCUCUGUCAUUAUAAUAUUAUCAUUAUAACAGAGGUGAGGCUCCAUGAUUGGUUAAUUACGCUUCUGCUUUUCCCUUCAGGGGUCGCCACAGCAAAUCAAUCGCUGCCAUCCAACCCAGUCUUCAUGUGUUAAUUACGCUGAAAAUACUAAUGUAAUUAAUGAAAUACUAAUCACCAUGAAUAGGUUUUCAGCAGUCCUAAAGUUAAUAAGCAAAUUACAAGAACUAAGAACUAUAGCUUUCUGGAAACAUCACAAUUACACUAAAAGGAGGUGGUUCUGCAAAAAACACCAAAGAACAAGAAAGGUGGCAGAAGCGUGCUGACAUUUGUCUACGUCAAAAGCCUGCACAGUCCUUCACUGUGGCAGGAGAGCAGACAGCGACUCAUGAGUUCAGGAAGAGGCAACAUCCACAUUUCUCACUGGAUACUUCAGGAAAAACAAGCCAGCUGAAAACGAAUGGCUGGCAAUAAAAAUUUGCAGGCGGCAAACUCACAAAUGCGGCGUGCAUUUAUGAGCAAUUAUUGGAAUGAGUGAGCAGCCGCACAAAUGGUUUGCAUUGUGAUCAUGACUGAUAACAGUAAUUAGAGAAGCGACAUUUUGCAAUGCAAAAUCUAUUUGUCAGAAUGUAAAGAAUACAAACAGUUAAUUGAAAGUGCAAUAUGAACACGAGUUCUGAUCAUCAGAUUAGUCUACAGCUUACAAAACAAAGAAAAUAUGAAUGCAUAUUUCUCCUUUAACACUUAACUCAUUCAACCAGUUAUAUGAUCGUUUCCAUCUGUUAUACUCGGAGUCAUUAAUUAAUUGACAAUACCAUUAGGAUAUGCACAGGGUAACUCAGAUUGGGUUUAAUAGCUUUUGUUUUUAUGUUCUGGAAUUGUGUUCUUAUCUUAUAUUGUGCACAGAAAGAGCCUAUUUAUGUGGAAUGCUCGACUGAAGUUUUAUUUGAUUAAUGCAGAAACACAAUCAUCUAAGGCAAGUCAAGCUGGAACAGCGACAGAAAGAUUAGGACAUAUUGCCAUCAUUCAUCAUGCAUGUUGUUAUUAUGAAAUAAUGUAUAACAGUCAGCGGCAAGCACUGGAAAUAUCAACUAGUACUGGUACUCACCUGCGCUGCAGGAAAAAGCUCUGAAAGUUCAUAUGGUUCCUCUGGAAGCCACUGCCUUUGCUCCAAACACCAUAAAAUCUAAGAAUCAAUAACAGUCAUCAAUUUCUGUCACACUACGAUGGACGCAUCAACAACAACCUACCCAUUCAAAAGAGAGGAUCCAGCAGCCACGAGCAAUGCCCAACAA